GCGGCGGCGGCGGUCCCUCUUCGGCGGCGACCAUGCGCUGCACCAAGUGCCUGCUGAGCGUGGCGGCCCUGCUCCCGCUCCUGGCCCUGAAGCUGUACGUGGACUGGGGCCCCGAGCCGGCGCCGGGGCCCCCGGUGCGCCGGGGCCCGCCCGCGCCGGGCCCCGCGCCCCCGGCCGAGCCCUCGCUGCCCGCCAACCUGUCCCGGCGCCUGGGCCAGUCGGCGCCCCCGGCCGCGGCCUACUGGAACCGGGAGCAGUGGCGGCUGCGGGGCCUCCCGGCCGGGCCCGAGGCGGGGGACUGCCGGGCCUGGGGGGCCGCGGCCGCGGCCGCCGUGCCGGACUUCGCCUCCUACCCGGAGCCCCACCGCCGCUUCCUGCUGUCGGCCGCCUGCCGCGACUUCCCGCUGCGGCUGCAGGCCCGGGGCGGGGGCUGCGGGCCCCCGGGGGCCCGGCCCCCGUACCUGCUGCUGGCCGUCAAGUCGGCGCCGGGCCGGUUCGCCCAGCGGCAGGCGGUGCGGGAGACCUGGGGCCGCGAGGCCGGGGGCGUGCGCCGCCUCUUCCUGCUGGGCUCGGCCCGCGGCGAGCACCAGCCGGACCUGGGGCCCCUGGUGGGGCGCGAGAGCCGGCGCCACGGCGACCUGCUGCUCUGGGACUUCCAGGACGUGGCCUUCAACCGCACGCUGAAGGACCUGCUGUUCCUGGGCUGGCUGGCCCGCCGGUGCCCCCGCGUGCCCUUCGUGCUGCGGGCCGAGGACGAUGCCUUCGUCCACGUGGAGGCCCUGCUGGGCCUCCUGCGCGGGCUGGACCCCGCCCGGGCCCGCACCCUCUACCUGGGGCAGGUCUUCGCCCGGGCGGCCCCCUUCCGCUCGCCGGGCAGCCCCUACUACGUGCCCGAGUCCUUCUACGCGGGCGGCUACCCGGCCUACGCCGGCGGCGGGGGCUACGUGUUCGCGGGGCGGCUGGGGCCCUGGCUGCUGCGGGCGGCGGCCCGCGUGGCCCCCUUCCCCAUCGAGGACGUGUACGCGGGGCUCUGCUUCCGCGCCCUGGGGCUGGAGCCCCGGGCCCACCCGGGCUUCCGCACCGACGACGCCGGGCUGGCCGAGGCCCAGCAGGACGACCCCUGCGCCCACCGCCGCCUGCUGCUCGUGCGGCCCCGCGGGCCCCGCCAGACCCUCCGCCUCUGGCGGGGCAUGCGCGACCCCGCCCUGCGUUGCUGAGGGCGGCCGGUCCCCCGCCGUCCCUCGCUUGCGUUGGCGUGUGCGGCCCCCCCUUCCCUGGCUAAGAUGGAGAAGCGUGGGGGCUGAAGGCGGAGGCCCGAACAGUUAAGACGUGUAACUUAUUAAACGAUCGCAGCCCGGA